AGUCCUGCCACAGAUUCAUUUGGGAUCCUCAAGCAGAGACUUGGGAUCGAGGCAUCCGUUUAGAACCAAUUGCUUGCUCCGGGACUGCCAGUCUUUCCAGGCCUGACGCCUGGGGAGGGUUGGGGGUGGGGGGAGAGAAAGACGUGAGCGCUGCAGCGGGAAGACAUUGAAGCAGGAACGACACCCUCCCGCCCCCUCUGCCCCCCCCCUGCAGCGCAGGCUUUGAAAGCUGCUCCCCCCCAUCUGAAUGGAAGCGCGGAGCCACCGGGUGGCGCGUUCAGUCUUGCCCAGGCUUCCGAUCCAUGCCGAGGGGAGGGGGGUGCACACCCGCGCCAGCGCCCAGUUCCCGGGACGCAGCCGGCAAUGCCACUGAGCAGAACUUAGCCGAGUUCCCUCGCCGCCGCUAGUGGAAGCGAUGCUGCGCCUCACAGUCAGCGCCUGCCCGGCUCUCCUUCAAGCUGAAGGUUACCCACCCGCGCAGCCAGCCCCAGCCCUGUGAGCGCCUCGCCUCGCAGGGUAACCACCCAGCCGCCCGCUCCGGGGCGCACUGCACCAGCGGCUUGGGUUUGGUGGAUGUGUAUGCAUGAGUUCUGCACCGAAUGGGCGCAAAAAGCGCCCCAGCCGGUCCACCCGCUCCUCGAUCUUCCAGAUCAGCAAACCUCCGCUGCAGAGUGGAGAUUGGGAGCGCAGGGGCAGCGGCUCCGAGAGCGCCCACAAAACCCAAAGAACCCUGGACGACUGCAAGAUGCUUGUCCAAGAAUUCAACACACAAGUGGCCCUGUACCGAGAAUUGGUCAUUUCCAUUGGGGAUGUCUCAGUCAGCUGUCCCUCUCUCCGAGCGGAAAUGCACAAGACAAGAACCAAAGGCUGUGAGAUGGCCCGUCAGGCACACCAAAAACUUGCUGCCAUCUCAGGACCAGAAGAUGGUGAAAUCCAUCCAGAAAUCUGUCGGCUGUACAUCCAGCUGCAGUGCUGCUUAGAAAUGUACACAACAGAGAUGUUAAAAUCUAUAUGUCUGCUGGGGUCUCUUCAGUUUCAUCGAAAAGGAAAGGAGCCUGGUGGGGGAACCAAGAGCUUGGAUUGCAAAAUUGAAGAGAGUGCUGAAACACCUGCUCUAGAGGACGCCUCGUCAUCCCCUGUAGAAAUUCAGCAACAUUCCUGGCAGGUUUCCACAGACAUUGAGAACACUGAGAGAGACAUGCGAGAAAUGAAAAACCUUUUAAGCAAACUCAGGGAAACUAUGCCUUUACCAUUGAAAAAUCAAGAUGACAGUAGCCUUCUAAAUCUAACUCCAUACCCCUUGGUGAGAAGACGGAAGAGAAGGUUCUUUGGGCUGUGUUGUCUUGUCUCAAGUUAGAUGACUCUUCCUGAAAACCCACCAUUGAGAAGACAUGAAAAAAAAAAAAAAUCAAAAUCACAGAACCUGAGGACCUCCAGACACCUGCAUUACUGUUACUGGUUUUUGACUCUCUUUUCUAUGCUUCCUUAUUAUUUUUAUCUGCUCCCUUCCUACCCUUUUAAAUAGUUUUACAUUUGAAAGCAAAUGCUGUCAAGGAAAAAAAAAAGAUUCAAAAAGUAAGCUAUUUUUAAAAGGAUUUUCAAAGCUGACAUUGUAUGUGUCUGUGCAAACCACACCAUGAUAGAUGCCAGAAUUAUGAUUUCUAAAUUAUUUAAAGUUUGUUAAUGUGGUAUGCAAAGAAAAUUAUUUCAUAUGUAGUAAUAUAUCUAUAGAUGUUGCUAAACUCAUGUUGACAAUAUAUGAAAGAAGUCUUUAAAUGUAGAAACCUAUUUAAAGCUGCAAAACUGUAUUUAAAAAUUCAUUAUCAUGAGAAAUAAUAUGAUAACCAAACGUAUACCAUCUCACCUAUUGCUUUCUCUGCACUCAUUUAUGUUUAGUCUUCCACUUUGUCAGAAUCUAAGAGCUUGGACAUAAAAAUAUCUUACUUUAAUUGCAACAAAAACCACAUAUGGAAAAUAUUUAACUUUUUGUAAAUACACAAUAAUCUUAAUGCCUUCGUACAAUGCAUAUGGGCAACUAAUUUCAUUUUAAUCCAAUGGUGUCUUUUUUAGCUUCUUGGAGAAUGAAGUAAUUCAGUUAGGAAAUGGUGUAGUAAGCUAUACAAUUACCCUCAAAUGUAAAAUUGAAUAGUAUCACAUUUUGUUCUAAUUGAGAUCUGAAGCAUGAUGUCUGCUCAUCAGCAUAGUGUUAAAUCUUAUAGGGCAUGCUGAAAUUAGCUCAGAUUGUAAAAAUAUUUAACAUUUUACAUUGUUAAUAAAAUCUUUUUUAGUUAAGCUAAGCUUGUCUCAUUUUAGAUGACUAUGCAGAUAGGACUUUUCUAAUGUGUACUUGGUGUCUUGUCUUACGCUUAGACUCUUGAAAGCAGGACACAUUAAGCAAUACUAUCUUUUAGUAAAGAGGAAACCACAUGCUUUGUUUUUUCAACUCACAGUUUUGUUGUGAUCUUCCCUCCCCUACUAAACAUAGAACUUGAUAUUAAUUUUGUUGUACUUUCCCUGACUCUCCCUUUGGCUCACUUCCCAGACAGACUUUCCCAUGGGUUGAGAGAUCAUGUCUUUGCACUUCUUUUCUUGUUUUCCAUAAUCUGAAGUACUCUACCAUCAGACAAGAGUCACCAGUGUCUGGUAACUAAAAAGUAGAACAAGAUGCCUAUGAAUGGUUAGUCCAAGACACAUCUUUAAUUCCAAAACCAUAUUCUCUCAAUUCUUAAGUAGACAGGCACAUAUGUCCACGGAUAUUCUGACCUAAACUUAAGCCAGUUAAAGUUCUCCUUUUAUUGAAGUUGAAGGCAGAUACAGAUGAACUACUGGACUAAUUAUAGUAUUAGCAUGGGUAUUAUGAAAUUGCUAAUAUUUGACAAUUUUGACCUUACAAAAUUGUAAUUUUAUAAAGUUCAUCCUAAUAAUUCUAGUAUAGAAAUGACUCUUGGAAUUCUUUUUAGUUUUUUUGGUUGUUAGUGGAAAGAACUAAAGGUUGAGUAAAAUAUCACUAGUUUAUACAGGUCUCUAUUCAGAUCAGACCAAGCUGGUGGCUGGCCUCAUUAUUCUAGUGCAGAGUUGUGUUCCAGUCAAUUUCUAAUCAAUGCAUGGCUAUAGGGGUUCAGCUAACUUUAUAUAAAGAAUUACCCUUAAAGGAAUGUGAGAAAAAUAACAAUAAACAAUAUUUAUAAAAAUAGUUGUGGAAAUAGAAUUUUUAAAUUCCUAAGUUUUUUUCUGGGGAAAAGUUUUGCAUGAUGACUAUGCAAAAGAUUUCCAUGCCUGAAGCUCCAAGGUCCUAGGUUCAAUCCCUGGUACCACUGUAAACCAGAUCUGAGCAGUAUUCUGCUUAAAAGAAGAAAAAGAUAAGAAUAAUAAUUCCUAAGGUAGAGACUCCCUUGCAAAGCAUAUAAUCACUCCCAGAUUUACUUAGUAUACAAACCCUGAUUUCUAUAAUCAGGUUUAAUUAAAGUUCAGUAUCCUUUUCUGAAUAUGGUUCAUUCUCAUAUCCCCCUUAAGAUUAAUUCACUUGUGGUCCAUUGUUUUCAAAAGUAUAAAGUAACCUAAUUUAGUACUCUCCAGCCUCAUCUCUGCCCUCUUCCAGCUUUGCACCGUAUUGAACCCUUAGCUAAAACCCACUUUCUGCUAGUCCACUCAAAGUUAUUAACUGAUAAGACCAGCCUUGGUGUUAAGCACGUUCUUCUAAUUGCCAGACCUAAAUAACUUCUGAUUGGUUAAUUUGUGCUCACUUUCAUUUUAGUCUUAGUAACACUUACGUACUGUGUAACUGUCCUCUGUACAACUGAAGACUGUUAAUAAAAUCAGGUCUCACCUCCAUGUCAGGGAGGGCUGUAAUAGUUAUUCAUGAAGAUGGGAAUUUAUGUAAUUCCCUACCCUAGCUAGGUUUUCCAUUUUUAAAGUAAGUAAAUUCAUUCACAUUACUUUAUUUUAUUUAUUUUUUCUUUCAGAGUGCCUGUUUCCCAGCCUUUGAUCAGCUUUGUAGUUGCCAUGGACAGACUACAGGAUUUAUAAAUCUUUUUUCAUUUAUAAUUCCUAAAGUUAAAUUGGAUGCUUCAAGUCCUGAUGGCAUAACCUGGCUCAUAGUUGCAAUGGGUCCUAUCAUUACCUCCCACUAGCUAUGGCGGUGCAUCUCUCUCCACAGGAGCUGCAUCCCCCCACACUCAUCUCACCUGCCAAAAGACUUUCUCAGGUGUAGUUUCUUGAGAUAGAGUUCUACUGUCUCAGCUUGCUGCUGGUAAUUCACUUUCAGACUAGCAAUAAUAUUGAGCUAAUCUCUAGGAAUAGCAAGAGAACAUUAAAUCCAUUUUGUUGCAUUUAUCUGAACAACAAAAAAGAUAUGUCAAGAUUUUUCUGAUCCACACUCAUUUAUUUCUCAUCGUAUUUUUAAUUAUACCGAUUUUUAUAUCAUAGAGGCAGUUCAAGUUCUUUCUGUGAAAUAAGAAAAAUACCACUAAAUAUAUAAAGAAAGUAAAACUCACCUGAAUCCCACAAUAACAUUCUUUAGAAACACAUUUCUAGGCUCUAAACAGUACAAAAGCACAUUUUGGAUUUUUUUUUAAUGUCUGUCUAUAAGGUCAAGGUGCCAUCUUAAGACAUAUAUAUAUUCUGAGACUUGUUGGUGGUGUCACACCUGAUAGAGCACAGAUGUUGCCAUUUGUGAAGACCCAGGUUCAAAUCCCUGGUCCCCACCUGCAGAGGGAAAGCUUCAUGAGUGGUGGGACAGUGGUAUGGUGAGUCUCUGCCCUCUCUUCUUCUUGACUUCUCUAUCAGGGAAAAAAACAAAAAGCAGCAAGAUAAGAGGGAGAAAUUCUGUCCACUAGUGUCUCCCAUGUAUCCAGUAACAUAUUUAUUGAAAAUUUCUGCUUGUGACAUUGUUCUCAUGUAUAAAGAUAAACUUGCAUACCUGAGACUCCAGAGGUCUUAGGUUCCCUGCAACACUGUAUGCCACCAGUGCUCUAGUUUCUCUCACUUUCAAGUAAAUAUAUUAAUCUAAUUUAAAAGAGGCAGAUACAAAUAAGACUUUAGAAAUAUCAGAUCUUGAUGGCACUUCUAGUGAAUUAAAGUUCUUAGAGGGAAAUUCCAAAAAUUGACAGAUCAGUUUUUCCCUUAGGUGUGCCUGUAUGUUUUGGAACAUUCACUUACUGUUUAACAAUACUGCCACCUACUGAAAGUUGAUCUUUGGAAUGCCAGGAGAAAAACAGAGCAUAGCAAAAUAAUCUAUUCAAUUUUAGAAUGCAAACAAAUGGACCAAAUUGACGAUGUUCCCAUUAGGAGACCCCAAGUUGAAAGAAGUAAAAAUAUUGUGCAAUCUAAUUUCUCACUUAUGCAACAUAUGUAAACAAUGCCUAUCCUUUCUUUAUGGUGUAGAGAAUCACUAAGUGUAAAUGCUCAAGCCUCAGAUGACUAAAAUAAGGUCAGAAUAAGUAGUAAUAUUAUUUACCCAGAAAAAUUUAUUAGAACUGAAGUUCAAGAACAUGGAGGAAUGUAGUAUAUUAUAAACACUUCAGAUCUUUUAGAGAGGAUUGGAUUAGUAAACCAAAGAACUAUGAAUAAGAUGUAAAGUUGAAAUUUCAAUCCUACAAGAAAAGAUUUCAUUCAGUAACUUAUUGCCACUCGUUGGGAAAUUGUUAAAUCUAUGCCUCAUAUUUCUCAUCAAAAUUAAUUCUAGUGUUAGAAUAGAAUCUAAGUGUUAAAUCACACAAAUUUAUAAAAAAAAAGGAAGGCAAUAUUGAUGUAUUUUUAUGUAGUGUUUCUGUAGAAAAAAAGUCUUUCAAAACAUGACACCAAGAAAAGACACCAAUAGAAGAAAUAACAAAGAAAAAGAUGAAUAGAUUUGGCCAAUUAAAAUUUCAAGACUUUCUAGACAGUAUAAAUAAAUAAACAUCAAAAUUAUGAGAAAAGCAAAUUUGAAAUACAUGUAACAGUGUAGAGCUCUAAUAUAUUGAAAAUUGAGACUUCAUUCCUUUUAGAAUGUUGCAUGACCUAUAAUUAGUUUCUUAGGCAAAUGUUUGCAUGAGAUUCUUUACUUUCUUUACCUUGUUUAUUUAUCUAUUUUUUUUUUUUGCACUGGUGUGUUUUUGAUUAUCUGUUUAUCCCCUAAACGUGAACUAAACUAGAAGUUCAGGAAGGCAGCAACUAUGUCUAUGCUGUUUACUAUUGUAUUCCAGAAACUUACACAGUUAUAGACACAAAACAAAUACUGAAAACAUUUAUUGAAUUGAGCAAAUAAUGAAUGCUCGAAUACGUUACAUUUUAGAAUUCAAAAGGAAUUAAAUUGACACAAAGACACAAACUGGCAGUGUGCUAUACCUUAUGCUAAAGCAUUGGUAGCAAAUAUAGAAACAAUAAAUAUACUAGUAGUCGAAAAAACUCAGAUCAUUAUGAUAUACUCCUCUUUUUUGCAUUUUAUAAAGGCAAAAUGUUUAGAAUUAACAUUUGCAGGUACAGUAAGAAGAAUGGAAAUGAGCCUUCUCUUACAGAAUCAACAAGAGUAUAAAUUGAUUUGACCUUUCUGGGAAAUAUUUUGGCAAUAUAUUUUCAAGCAUACCAAGUGAUUUUACUUUAGAAAAAUUCUCCUUUAAAAGGUUGGGGGGGGGGGAAUUAGCUAUGAUGCAGUCAUUCAUCAUUCAAAAAAUAUAUGCAAGAAAAAAGUGUUUAUAGCAGUAUUUUUUGGCUGACUGGAAACAUGAAAACAUCUUACAUUAUUGAAUUGGCUAGAUAUAGUACAAUCUUUCAGUAAAAUACAGCACACCAAUUGAGAAAAGACCCAUGUGUAUAUUUAUUGAAAUGAUGAAGUAUUUUUAAGUGAAAAAGGAAUUACAGAAGAAUAUCUAUUGAACGACCCCAUUAAAAAAUAUAUAUAUAUAUAUAUGCAUUGAAGAAUCUGAAAGGAUAUUUAUAAAAAUGUAUCUAUCUCUAGGAGGUGAGAUUUGGAGCAAUUUCAUUUUCUUUUUUGCAUUUCUCUAAUUUCUAAUUUUUCCAUAGUGAGCAUGUACUAUCUGUAUAAUUUUUUCAGGGAAUAAACAAUAAUGUUCACAACAUAUAUUAAAUGAAAACAUGUUAUAAAGUCGUAUGUAUAGUAUGACACAAUAUUUGUAAAAACAAAAUUAUAUAUAAAUCUCUCUAUGUAUAUAUAUGCACAUGAAAGCUAGACAGACACACACCAAAAUGUCAAUAGUAGUUAUUUAUGGGUAGUGGGACUAUGGGCGAUUAUUUUCUUUUUGCUUUUCUGUGUUUUCUAAUUUUUCUACAAUAAACAUGUAUUACUUGUGUAAUAAAAACAAAUCAUAAAAGUUUGAAAAAAAAGAAAGUAAAAAUAAAAGAGA